ACCUUUAAGGUCUUCUGACGCAGAGACGGAGGCACAGACUGAGCAGGACCUUCAGAUCCUCGGCGUCUCUGCUGGAGAAGCUUCAUCUUCAUCUGUCAACGCUGUAGAAUGGCACAGAAAGCAGACAGAACUCCAUCUACAGAGAGCCAAUCAGCUGAUGACUCCACCCCCAAAUCCGCCCUCCGCAAGACAGCGUCCGGCGACGCCUCCAAGAAGAAGAAAAGCAAGAAAUCAAACGAGGAUGCCAUGAACAAGGUGUACACUAACCUGCUGAACAGCAUCUUCGGACAGGAGCGAGAGUUGUCUCAGCCAGAGCUGGACGAGCUGGCCGAGGCCUUCAAGGAGUUCGAUUACGAUCAGGACGGCUAUCUGAACUAUAAGGAUCUGGCCGAGUGCAUGCGGACGAUGGGCUACAUGCCCACAGAGAUGGAGCUGCUGGAGAUCAUCCAGCAGAUCAAGAUGAGGCUUGGAGGUCUGAUGGAUUUUGAUGAUUUCUGUGAGUUGAUGGGUCCCAGGAUGAUGGUGGAGACGGCGGAUAUGCUGGGACUCAAAGAGCUCAAAAGCUCCUUCUGUCAGUUUGACGCUGACGGUGAUGGGAAGAUCUCUCUGGAUGAGAUGAAGGAGGCUUUGAAGUCUCUGUUAGGAGAGAAACUCAAGAAAGGAGAGCUGGAGGAGAUCCUGAAGGAGCUGGACCUGAACGGAGACGGAACCGUGGAUUUCGACGAGUUUGUGAUGAUGCUGUCGAUGCGAUAACACCUUCAUCUACUGUCACCCUUCCUCAUCCAACAGCAGACGAUUCGGGGAAACCUGGAGAUAUCUGGCCUCUUGAUCACUGUGUUUUCCAGAUGAAAUCAUUUCUGUCACUAGAUGUUGGUCUGUGUGUGUGGACUAGUAACUAUAAUAGUUUAAAUCUGUUCAUUUUGUACAUCGGUUCCUAACAUACGAAUGGAGGUUGCCAAGUGUUUUCUGUGAACCGAGUUCAUGAAUGUCAAGUAAAUUAAAUCUGGCCUGAUCAUAGAAGUGUGACUUCAUCACAAACUAGCUUCAGGUAGAAAAAACAACUCCUUCGUAACAUUUGUUCUAAACGUUCUACAUGAUUUGUUACAGUGAUGCAUUGCAGCGUGUCGAUGACUGUGAUUUGAUGUGAAAUACUGGACGUGUGUCUGAUGUGUAAAGGGUUAGAGGGAUUUUUACGUGUAGAUAUUUGAUCGAGUGUCAAGUUAAUUUUUUUCAGUUUUGUUAAUAAAAAGUAAAAGUCUGAAAAAGCGUGAGAAUUUCUAUAAACA